ACUUCGUUGAGUAAUGCCGUUUUUCGAAAAUGAGUUCCUAUAAAGAUGUCAACGCUGAUCAUCUGUCAAAUGAAUGUCGUUUAUUAAUUUGUUUUAUUCGCUGAGUGUGGGUGAUUGUUUCCAAGAUUGUUUCUAUUAAAUUGUAUAAUUUGUCACAAUUUGAUUUUUAAAAAUGAAGCGAGCUCACGAAAACAGUGAAAGAUAUGCGGUAAUUGAAACUAGUGACGAAGAAGGUACUUAUGUCGAAUUCGUACCGCAAUUGUGGCUGGAAUUGGCUAGAAAAAGUACUCUGAAGCAGCGGGACCUUGUGCAGUUCUAUUUUCCACGCCGUACAAAACAGCAAAGCAGGGACAAUUUUUUGCGGUUCCUAAAACAAGCGAAAUUUAUGUGUACGAAACCACUGGAUGAUGGAAAAUGGGAGCUGAAAAAUGGAAGAAUUUUGAAGCUAAACUUAGGGUCUCUUGAAGAAGCCCUCAGCGCUGAAAAGUACUACAGUGACUAUUUUAGUACAACAGAAGCUGAAAAAAAUUAUGAAAAGGCGGCCGCAUCAUCUACGAAAAAGGUCAUGCGCAAAACGAAGAAGGCAUUCCUGAAGUCGAUGAACAAAGUCGGUGAUUCCUCGGACAGCGACGAUAAUGAAAAUGGUGGAGUCAAUGCAAUCUCAAAUUACAACAUUCGAUUCGCCACCGACGCUCAGGAUCUUUUCACAUUGGAUCAGUCGAACAACAUACUGAGCAUUGACAUGGAUCAGUUGGCUGAAGAAAGUCUGUUCGGUUCAGGAAAUCAAACCUCACAUUCAGUUCAGCAACCAACGUCGUAUUCGCAAACGAUUCAACCGACAUUCAGUUCACCUCCAAAUCGACAAACGUUUGCUUCGCUAGGCAAUUUUGCUGAACCAUUAAACGAAACUUUCAUGGCGAUCAAUGAAGUGCUAAACGAAGAAGACAUGAAUGAAGAACGAAUUUCCGAAAUGGAUGGUCAGGUCUCAGCAACUGAAACUGACCUUCAGAACUGUGCUCCGAACACCGAUUGCUGCAAAGGGCAUCAGAAAAUCCUGAAUAAAAUCGACUAUGUCCAGAAAAAGCUUUCCAAAGAGUUGGGUCAACUUCGACAGGAAACGAACGGUAAUCGUAAAUUGUUGCUCCAGCUUUUGAAACGUAACGAGGACGAUGGUAACGGUCAACCUGAAGAUGUCCAAGAUGAACCGGUUCACUUGGAUAUGGCAGAAAUUGAUGAAUUCAAUGAAAAAUUCAAGUCCGUUUUCCCCAUUAAAGACUCGGAAUACUUAAUUCAUUUCAACAAAUCGUUGAAAAUGGACCAGAAAUUUGCCGACAAUUUGUUGCAGAAGCUCGAACAAAUGAAAGGCGACGAUGAAACUAAGACCGCACGAAAAAUCUUGAAGGCACUUUGUCAUUUUGAAUGCUUGAAGGAUUUCACUUGGUUGGGUACAAGAAAAAUGAAAUCUUUCCAAGACUUGCACUUGAUUGUGGAUAUGAUGACAAAAUUAAUCGAAGGCAAAUAUCCACAAUGUGAUGCGAUGAGCAUUCUAACAAAGGUUGUCCAGCAACGAACAAAAAGUGCGAAAGAAGCCUGGUCAAAACAGAACGAAUCAUUAUCGGUGUCGCAAGUUGUUGAUUCCGGAGCUGACACUGUCAACAAAAAUGAUAAGCCGACGAAUGGAACGCCGACUAUUGAGAACGAAACGGUGGUUAUCGUAGUGCCGUCCAGUGUCGAAACCGAUGAUAAUAUGACUUCCGGGUAAGUCGAAUAUUUACGCGUAAUUUACGUUCCCAUUCUAUCCAAUUAAAAUCGUUCCUAAACUAAUAAAAUUAUUGAAAUUAAAAAAAUGCCGGUGAAUAAAAUUGAAACAAUUUUAUUGAGAAGAUGAAUUGAUAAUGACAGUCUGGACUAAAACUAACUGUUAAAAACAACGAAAUUAUAUAAAUUUAACUGAAUGAAAUGAUGUGAUAUAAUUACAAGUGCAAUGAAUAAUACAUCAGUCAUCGCAGACUGACCAAAACAAGAUUAGCAAUAGUGUUAGUUUUCGACUGAUAAUAAUUACAACGAAAUGUGAUGAAGUGUGAUAAAAUUAACCAAAUUAUUACAAGAGUGGAAUGAAUACAAACGAGUCUACAUCUUUAAUCAUAAAUAAUUUUGAUUCAACGUGAUCCACAUCAAUAUUCAAAUAAUUUGAUAAAUCGCGUUCAAAACAUUGACAAAUAUGUAAAAAUGUUGAUUUUAAUGGAUUCUCAAAAUA